AUGGUUUCCAGCGUACUUCACGGUUGCGCCAUUCUUCUCAAGAAACACAAGGACUGGGAUUGGUUUAUCAGCUUGAGUCCUUCAGAUUAUCCCUUAGUGACUCAAGAUGAUCUUCUGCAUUCCUUUUCUGGUUUAAAAAGGGACUUGAACUUUGUCGAACAUACCAGCCACUUGGGCUGGAAAGAGGCUGGAAGGGCCAAGCCUUUGAUUGUAGACCCUGGGAUUUACCAAAAUACAAAGUCUGAUUUUUUCCAAGUGUCACCACCUAAUAGACCUUUGCCCACUGCCUUUAGACUUUUUACAGGUUCGAGUUCUCGCCUCUGCCUCUCAUCUGUUCGGCUUUCUAGAACCCUCCUCAUGCACUACACAAAUUUUAUAACCUCUUGUCAGGGCUAUUUCCAGACUGUUAUCUGCAAUUCCCUUGAAUUUGUCCCCACCGUCGUUAACAGUGACCUGCAUUACAUCUCUUGGGAUACUCCCCCAAAACAGCAUCCGCACACCCUCAACAUCAAUGACACCGCCAAAAUGGUUGCCAGCGGCGCUCCAUUUGCGCGGAAAUUUAAGCGCAACCACAUUGUGUUAGAUAAGAUUGAUGCGGAACUCCUUGGCCGGAAAAAUGGUUCCUUCACCCCUGGUGGAUGGUGCGCCGGGAAGCCCCGUUGCUCCAUGGUUCGAAAUCCUAUAAAACUCAAACCAGGACCAGGAGCCAAACGGCUUACUCACAUUCUGGCUAGACUUGUUUAUUCUGCUGAAUUUAAAGACCGCCAAUGCAAAUAGUUAGUGUGUCAAUCUUUGCUCUUCAAUGUUAUCAACUUUGUCCUUACACAGAAGCUCUAAGGGUAUUAGACAAAAUUCAGGAGAGUGUUUGUUCAUACACAAAACAUAAAAGGGUAUUAGUCUGUGGAACAAAACUCCGGUUUAUCCUUAUCCCAUUAUUUCAAUUAAUCGGGGAUAUCAGGCAGGUAUUUUUUUGAAUUUAGCUUAAAAAAAAACCUAAAAAAUUAUUAUGUCACACCAUGCAACAAGAGGAGUCUGUAUCUAAUAUACCCGAGAGCAUGUAGACUCUCUCAUAUUUUUUGCACUAUUAGUCCG